AUGGUUUCUUCUUCCGACACAGGAGUAUCGGAUACAGUGGACCCUAUGGCGGUUGUGUUAGACGAUGAGAUACCAUCAGAGGGAGACGUGUAUACGUCAGACACCACGAGUACAGAUGACGAUGAUUUUCAGUCGUUCGCUCUGCUAGACAUCGGAGUUGAGAUACAGCCUGCUGAUGGCAUUCCUGCUGGGUAUCUACCUCUUGCGGUGAUCCCUGCUCCCAUUCUGCUUGCUGCGUUCCCUGUGAUGGAUGUGCCACUCGAUGUCGUAUCUGAUGACGACAUUGAUCUGUUCGAGGAGGGUCCCCUUGAGGACGACUAUGAAGGCGGGGCUCCGAUCGAUGUUGAUGCUAUCCUUCCUAUUGGUGAGGCACCUAUAGAGGAGGCUUCUCUUGGUUCCCCUAUCCCAGACUCAUUGGAGUCUGUGGCAUCCGCGUCCCUGCACGAACAGGGUGUGCAACAUCACUCUCCUGACGUCGACGUGGCUAUGUCAGCUGCACCUGGUCCGUUACACAAGUUUGAGUUUGACCACGAGAUCGAUGACGAUUUUGAUCCAGUUUUUCCUCCUGACUUCAAUCCUGAUCAUGAGAUCGAGUUUAUUCAUAUGGACCAGCCCUUAGAGGCGCCCGUAGCUCCCAUUGAUCCAUUGUUUGACAUUCCUGCUGAUUUUGAUAUGGACCUUGUUAACCCCGAGCCUGUCAUGGCCCCCGAGCCUGCUGUUGCUCCUGACCCUGCACUAGAGCACGACCCUGUUCUUGAUGAUGCACCAGCUCUUGCACCACCCAUUGCUGACCUUCCCAUUGUUGCUCCACCAGUGGUGGACGAUCCUGUCGUUGAUGUACCUUUACCUGAUCAUGUGCCGGUAUUGGUUGACCGCGCACCUUUUGCCGCACAUAUAGAUCCUCGUUAUGUUGACACCCGCAACGGGUGGAUCGAGGAUGAUGACGAUUACCCACCGUUUGUGCUACCUGUCACUCCUCCAGUAGCACCUGUUUUUGCACCCACUGAUAUUCCAUUGUUUCCCCCACACACCACUGACAUCCAUCGCACUGAUCUUCCCAUCACAUUCCUCCAGGGCAUACCGCCACCUCGUCCUGGAGAGGGUUCAUCGAGGCAGCCGCCUGUUUCUGUUCCACCUGUACUGUCAUCAUCUUUUCCGUUUCUGUCACAGUUUCCUCAUGUUGCACCACAUACUGCACCAUCUUUCAUACCAUCGAGCGAGCCAUUUUUGUGGACUACGCCCCCUGUUACGCCAUUAUCUGACCCGUACCACCCAUUUUCAUGUGGGGUGCACUACGGAGGAUAUACUUGCGUCGCUGCAGCUACAGCAGGACGCCCUGAGCCGACGUAUUCAGGAGUUGGAGAGAGGUCCACGUCCGCCUUGUCACUGUCAGACCCCCUUUGCAGCACCGCACACUCCACGUCCGCUUUCCCCUGA